AUGGGCUUGCUUACGCUUCUGCGAAAAUUGAGGUCAAGCGACGCGUCGCCACGGAUUCUGAUUCUUGGCCUGGACAAUGCUGGAAAAACGUCUAUACUCCGAAACCUCUCCGGCGAGGACCCUACCACAACCCAAGCGACACAGGGGUUCAACAUUAAGACAGUUGAUUGCGAAGGGUUUAAAUUGAAUGUAUGGGACAUUGGUGGGCAAAAGGCUAUCCGCGCAUACUGGCCAAACUACUUUGACGAAGUGGACUGCUUGGUUUAUGUGGUGGAUUCCGCGGACAAGCGACGCCUGGACGAAACGGCCGCUGAACUGGAAACCCUUCUACAAGAAGAAAAACUUCGUGAAGUUCCCUUUCUUGUGCUUGCUAACAAGUGCGAUCUUGCGACUGCACUAUCACCCGAGGACAUAAGUACCGCCCUGAACCUUCAGAAUCUGCGUGAUCGCACGUGGUCAAUACAAAAAUGCAGCGCCAAAACAGGAGAGGGCCUUCAGGAAGGCUUCAUGUGGGCCAUUAAAAGCAUAAAGAAAUAG